AUGUCUGAUACAGAAGAAAUAGCUCAUGCUUUAGCAGGAGCAGGUGGAGGUGCAUUAUCAAUGAUUGUAACCUAUCCAUUAGUUACAUUAUCAACAUUAGCACAAACAAAAGCUAAAAAGAAAGAAGAAAUUGAAUCAAAAUUAACAAAAGAACAACAACAUAAACUUGAAAUUGAAAAUUCUAAACUCACCUUCAAUGAAAAAUUAAUUAAAAAAUUUCAAAAUAAUAGUUCAUAUAUUGCAGCAAAAGAAAUUAUUAAAGAAAAGGGAAUAUUUGGAUUAUAUUCUGGUUUAGAAAGUGCUAUAUAUGGAAUAACAUUAACUAAUUUUAUAUAUUAUUAUUUUUAUGAAUUAACUUCAAAUAUAUUUUUAAAAGCAAAUAAAGUUGGAAAUAAAAGAAAAACUGGUGGUUUAAGUACUUUUCAAAGUAUUAUAACUGGUGCUAUUGCUGGAGCUAUUACAUGUAUUGGUUCAAAUCCAUUUUGGGUUGCAAAUACAAGAAUGAUGACUGAAAAAAAAUCACAACAACAAAAUUUAAAAGAAGGUGAAAAACCAAAAUCAAAUUCAACUUUUAAAACUAUAGUUGAAAUUAUAGAACAAGAUGGUUUUACUACAUUAUUUGCAGGUGUAUUACCAGCAUUAGUAUUAGUUAUAAAUCCAAUUAUACAAUAUACAAUAUUUGAACAAAUUAAAAACAUAAUUAUAUUAAAUGGAGGACAAAAAUCUUUUACAGCAAUAAAAGCAUUUUUUAUAGGAGCAUUUGGUAAAUUAAUUGCAACAAGUUUAACUUAUCCUUAUAUAACAUUGAAAUCAAGAAUGCAUAUUAGAAAAAAAAAUUUACAAAAAAUUGAAGAAGAAAAAGAAGGUAAGCCAAUUAACAAAGAAAAAAAUUUAUCAAUGAUUCAAGAAAUUAAAAAAAUCAUAAAUGAAGAAGGUAUUGAAGGGCUUUAUGGAGGAUUAAUUGUAAAAUUAAUUCAAAGUAUUUCUACUGCUGCUUUUUUAUUUUAUUUUAAAGAAGAAUUAUUAGUUGGUAGUAUUAAAUUAGUUGAAAUUUUUAAAUUAUUAAGUUUUAAAAAAAAUAAUAAUAAAGUUAUUUCAAAUUUUAGUAAUUAA